AUGGAACACCUCCAAGAGCUUGUCAAUUACGUCGACUUUGACAAGCAGAGCUUGCUCGUCUCAGCCGGCUCAAUCCUGUUCAAUCCAUUAUUCUGGAACAUCGUUGCUCGCCAAGAGUACCGCAACAAGGUCUUGACAAAGCUCUUUGGCGGGAACUCGCAAAAUGCCUGCUAUGCCCUCGCCGCAACCAUCUUCUCUCUUGGUCUCCUCCGUGACUGGCUCUACAAGACGGCCAUCUUGGAGCAGCCCUCGCACCCGCUCCUCGAAUCCGUGUACUCGCAGGCCGCGGCCUACACGCUGCUCGCCUGCGGAAACAUCCUGGUCGUCACGUCCACAUGGGCCCUGGGUAUCACGGGCACUUUCCUAGGUGACUAUUUCGGGAUCUUGAUGGAUGAAAUGGUGACAGGCUUCCCAUUCAACGUUUGUGGUGCGCCAAUGUACUGGGGUUCCUCCAUGAACUUCCUCGGCUCUGCUCUCCUCUUCGCCAAGCCCGCCGGGAUCCUUUUGACCGUUGAAGUCGUGCUGGUUUACAUCGUCGCUCUGAGAUAUGAAGAUCCCUUCACUGCCGGAAUCUAUGCCAAGCGGGAACGUGAGAGAGCCGCCAAGAAGCAGAAGUGA